AUAAAUGUGAAAGCCAAUCAGUGCAAUUGUCCCACUGACUCCCCCAUCCGUUUUUAAAGACGGCCGAAGAGGCUGUGGACCUCCAAAUACAUGCGGCAGCCAUGUAAUGCAACUUCAAAAUUUACUCAAAUAUAAGACAAUCCAAACUUGACAAUGACAGCUAUUAUCAACUAAAAUUACCCAAACUCAUUCCUUCCACUAACCAAAUUCCCAUUCACACUCUUUCUCAUAUAUCUUGUGUACAUGUCUAUCUUGGCGUACAAUUUAGGUAACACUGUCAUGAUUUCCCUUUCAAGCAUUGACUACUUCUCCUCCGAUUUAUUCAUCCCAAGGAAUCCUGCACCCUGAUUAAUUUUGCCUACCCAAUUUAAGCUCGCGGUGUCUAAAAUCAUCCAGGGCCAAAUGAUCAACUUGUCAUGGUGUCUCCUUUGUGUCAUCUACCUUGUUCAUCGGGGUCCAGCCCUGCUCGCUGUCCGUGCCAUGCCACCACCGCCACCGAUUAGAUGCAACGAUGCCGGCUGCAUCCUCUACAACUCCUAUGGUGCAUGGAAUGAUCGCAAGGAAUGUCAUGUUCUUAAUGUUACAUACCCUGCAACUGAAGAAGAGCUACGAAGAGCUGUUGCAUAUGCUAAUAAAAAUAAGCUCAAGAUUAAAGUUGUUAGCAAAUUUUCUCACACAAUCCCAAAGUUAGCUUGUCCUGGUUCAGAAAAUUAUGCCAACUCGAUGCUAAUAAGCACAUUGAACUAUAACUCCGGGAUUGAAAUUGACACGGCUAAUUUAGCUGUAACAGCAGAUGCUGGAGUUAGUCUGCGCGAGCUGAUUGAUCGAGUUGAAGAAACUGGAUUAAGCUUAGUGGCAGCACCAUAUUGGGAAGGUGUGAGUAUAGGAGGACUUAUUAGUACUGGUGCACAUGGAAGCUCAUGGUGGGGAAAAGGUGGAGCUGUUCAUGAUCAUGUUAUCGGGCUUAGUCUUAUUGUUCCAGCAUCAGAAUCUGAGGGAUAUGCAAAAAUUAUCAGAAUUGGAGCCCAAGAUCAACUUCUUAGGGCAGCCAAAGUAUCACUAGGAAUGUUGGGUGUCAUUUCCAAGGUGAAGUUGUCAUUGGAACCGGCAUUCAAAAGAAGCAUAACGUACAAUUUCACAAAUGAUGAUCAUAUUGAAGAACUGUUUAUUGAUCAUGGUAGAAAAUACGAAUUUGGUGAUGUUACUUGGUAUCCAUCCAGGCAUACUGCUGUGUACAGAUAUGACUACAGGGUUCCCCUGAACGCCUCCGGUGACGGAGUAUUCGAUUUUCUUGGCUUUCAGCCCAACUCUAUUGUCGUAUCCCUAUCAACUAGAAAAGCAGAAAAAGCGUUGGAGAAUGCAAGAAAUGUAAAAGGGAAGUGCUUAUUGGCAAGUACGUUUGUAGGGUUUAAGAAGUUAGUAGCCAAUGGAUUGAAGAAUGGACUAAUCUUUACAGGCUAUCCCGUAAUAGGUCAUCAGGGAAAAAUGCAGACUUCGGGUUCUUGUAUAUAUUCACCUGCAGCAAGAAUCGAUACGUCCUGCGCCUGGGAUCCAAGAAUUAAAGGGCUUUUCUUUUAUGAAUCAACAGCAAUAUUUCGUGCUUCACAGUUUGGAGAUUUUGUCAGAGACGUGAAAAAGUUGAGAGACCUUAACCCUGAGAAUUUUUGUGGGGUUGAUAUCUAUAAUGGAUUCCUGAUACGAUUCAUCAAGGCUUCUCAAGCUUAUCUGGGUCAAUCUGAGGAUUCAGUAGUUCUUGAUUUUAACUAUUAUCGCUCCGAUGAUCCUUCAGUGCCAAGAUUAAACCAAGACAUUUGGGAAGAAGUCGAGCAAAUGGCGUUCUUUAAAUAUGGGGCUAAACCGCAUUGGGCUAAGAAUAGGAACUCGGCAUUCUUGAAUGUGCAGAGUAAGUAUCCGAACUAUAGCAAGUUUCUUGCAGCAAAGAAGCAAUUAGACCCUCAAAACAUGUUCUCCAGUGAAUGGUCAGAUGAGAUAUUUCUCGGAAGAGAAGCCGCGAAAGGCGACGGUUGCGCCUUGGAGGGGCAAUGUAUAUGCUCAGAAGACAGGCAUUGCAGCCCAAAUAAAGGGUACUUCUGCAAACCAGGUCUUGUUUAUGAAGAAGCUAGAGUCUGCAGAGAUUCAUCAUUCUCAUCUACUUGAGGCAUUGUCAAAACAUGAUUCUUUUACAUGUGUCUUGUUGGUCAGUAGACAACUUGCUUGCAAGUAAGCAAUUCUUUCCUGAAACAGCAAACUUGUCACCGCACAUUAAUGCUGGAAAUGAAAUACUGAGGUUCAGCAUCAACAGUCGGAGAGAUUUUAUGAGCUAAUCUGAACCUUUUAACUUGUGUUAUGAAACAAAUGUAAUAAUUACAAAUCAUAAAAUUUAUGAAUUGGACAUAACGCAACAUGACUUCUAUA